AUGUUCCCGCCGUCGAAAAAAAAGCAGAAGAAAACAGCAAUGCAAUCGACGGAGACAGCAAUGCAAUCGACGGAGAAAACAGUGCAACUGACGGAGACAGCAAUGCAAACGACGGAGACAGCAGUGCAAUCGACGGAGACAGCAGUGCAAUCGACGGAAACAGCAAUGCAAUCGACGGAGACAGCAAUGCAAUCGACGGAGAAAACAACAUCAAAUGCGUGGAGAUUUUCUUAUACUGUGGCCCGCACGUUGAACCGGCUAGGCUUUAAUCUCACAUGGAACGUAAUUGAAAAGGGAUAUAACAAAUCAGUGUUUAGGACAAAAAUUUCAUAUGCGACGAUCAAAAAGGCGGCGUCUUUUCUAAAGAAACACAUUUUGGAAACACCUUGCUACCAGAGCGAACGCAUACUCAACAGCAGUGGUUUCAAUAUUUACCUCAAGAAAGAACUUUAUCAACUUACCGAUAGCAUUAAAGCGCGCGGCGUGAUUUACAGUUUGCUACACCUAUCAAAAGUGCACAGAUGCAGAGGUGUCAUAACAAUCUCAUCGGGCAGCUUUGCAUUUGUUCUCUCGCAUUAUACAUAUCGAUAUCAAAUACCGGUGACGGUGGUGCUGCCGACAACAACGACAGACGAAAAGAUUAUGAUGUGUAAAGCCUAUCCAUUAUCACGAGUGUUUGUCAAGGGUAAUAACUUACUAGAAGCUCAUCGUGCCGCUUUAGAUAUUGCCAUGAGUGAAGGCUUAUUUUAUCUUGACGGGAACGAUCAUCCAAACAUGAUUAUUGGUCAAGCCACUUUGGGCAUAGAAAUCAUGAAGCAACAAAGUAAUGUUGAUGUGGUACUUUUGCCGACGACAAUUGAAGGUUGCGGAUUAACAACAGCUAUUGCAAUAGCUAUAAAAGGGUGCAAUUCAAAAAUAACAGUUAUUGAAGUCCAUGAUACAGGAUCUGAUUUAUUCCAAGAGGUGAAAAAACAAACGAAUUCAUCUAAAGAAUUGAAUAUUCCUACGAAAGAGUAUAUGGCAUGUCCUUUAAGAAACAUCCCGCAUUGCGUGAUCGACAGGUUUAUUUCGGUAACUCCAGAGUUGAUUCAUUCUGCAUCCAUACAUCUACACAAGUCUGAAAGUUACUACGAUUGUUAUGGAGCAAUUGCUUUAGCUGCAAUUUUAUCUGGUCAGCUUAACGAUCUACAGGGAAAAAGGUGA